UUGUUGACAAUUAAUGGCAAUUAUAAUAAUAUAUAAGCAGGUACAUUUGAAACAGUGUCCAAGACAAGCAAAACUCUGUUUUAACUGAUAAUGUAUUUUACAUUCAUUUAGAAAAUAUACAAUUAUUCGUGCAAAAAUUGAAGCAAAUUACAAAUUAUAUUCUUUUUAAAUAGGAGUGUUUGGAUGUCUUUGCCGGUAAAGAUGACUGAACAUAGGAGGGAGCCAAUUUUGAAUGAAAAAGUAACUCUAGCUAAAUGGCUUAAACAUAAUUCAUUGUUGUUUUUAACUCUUAUUGGUGUGAUUUUAGGCGCUAUAAUAGGUUCCAUUUUACGUCAAGUAGAUGUCUCAGAGACAACUGUCUUACUAAUUUCAUAUCCGGGUGAAAUAUACAUGCGACUACUGAAACUGCUUAUAUUACCCCUUAUAUUAUCAAGUUUAAUAACUGGAUCUUCUAGUGUUAACGCAAAAUUAAAUGGAAAAAUAGCUAUCAGGACGUUCUUAAUUUUUUUCAUCUCUUCUGCUCUUAAUGCACUCCUGGGGACGGUUUUAGCUAUUAUUAUACAUCCAGGAGAUCCAGGAUUAAACAUAUCUCUAGAAAAUGCCAUAGAGGAUAAAAAAGGGAGUUCCGUUUUGGAUAGUUUACUUGACCUAGGAAGGAACAUCAUAUCAGAUAAUAUUUUCCAAGCAACAUUUCAGCAGGCACACACAGAUUAUAUCAACUCUACUAUAAAAAUGCUAAAGAAUAAUCAAACUGUAGAAAUAAGCAAAGUGGAGAGAUUUCUUGGUACACGGCCUGGAACCAAUAACAUUGGUAUUGUUUUCUUUUGCAUUAUAUUUGGCUCAAUUCUCGGUACAAUUGAAGAAAAAGGAAACGUAGUCAAGGAGUUCUUUUCAACAAUAUUCGUAGUUAUAAUGAAAAUGGUAAAAGGUGUUGUUUGGAUAACCCCACUUGGAAUAUGUAGUAUUAUAGCUGCAAAAAUUGUUUCAGUUACUGACAUAGUAUUAGUUAUAUCUCAGUUGGGAUGGUUCAUUGCAACAAUUCUCAUAGGAGUAUUUCUGUCGCAACUUAUAAUUUUACAACCCGUUUAUUACUUUUUUGUACGGAAGAACCCCUUCAAAUACUACUUAGCAUUUACUCAAGGUACGGUAACGGCAUUUGCAACAGCCUCUGCAGCUGCUGCUUUACCAGUUAACUUUAACGUAUUAGAUAAUGACUUAAAAAUCCAUUCCUCAAUUACAAGAUUCGUAAUGCCGAUAGGCACUAACAUUAAUAUGGAUGGAACCGCUUUAUUUCUUGCAUCCUCUACAGUAUUUUUAGCACAAAUGACGGGAUUUAAUUUAGGAACUGGGACCAUUUUAACAAUAUGGGUAACAUCGACGAUUAUGUCUUUCUCUUCAGCAAGUGUACCUAGUGCAGCAUUAGUGCUUGUGUUAAUGAUUGUCACUUCAAUGGGGAUUCCCACAAAAGAUUUACCUUUAUUAUUUGCUAUUGACUGGUUGGUCGAUCGAAUUAGAACUACUAGUAACAUGUUGGGUGAUUGUUAUACCGUAGCCAUUGUAGAAAAAUUAUCAAAGAAAGAACUUUUGGAAUGUACAUUGACUAACGAUGAAUCGUCCAGUGAGAGACUCCUAAACAAAAAUAACGAAAUAUUAAACGAUAUGCUUCCCAGUUAGAUUUUAAAAUGCCAGUAGAAGAAAUCUGGUAUGGUACGGCUAGGUCUCUAUUUGUCGAAAUUUGUGACAAAAGCUGGUUUUAUUGAUAUAUCUUUUAGUAACAA